CAGGGAGCGGGCGCAUGAUGGCGGCCGCAGCGGCCGCGACGGGGAGCGCCAGCGGCGGCAGCAGCGGCGGCGGCGGCGGCAGCAGCAGCAGCGACACGUCCAGCACUGGCGAAGAGGAGAGGAUGCGGCGCCUCUUCCAGACGUGCGACGGCGACGGGGACGGAUACAUCAGCAGAAAUGACCUGUUGAUGGUCUGUCGCCAGUUAAACAUGGAAGAGUCUGUGGCUGAGAUCAUGAACCAACUGGGCACAGAUGAAAAUGGAAAGAUUUCCUUCCAGGAUUUUACAAGGUGCCGCAUGCAGCUUGUUCGAGAAAUUAGAAAGGAGGAAGUUGAACUUUCUGUGAAGUCAGACAACUCUUGUAAAAAGAAGAAGCUGAGGGAUAGAAUCGCUUCCUGGCCCACGAGCAGUGACAACAGUUUGGGUGCCUUGUCAGCGGCCAGGGAGAGCUGGGAAUACGACUCAGGUGCCAGGGACCUCCAGAGCCCAGACUUGCAGAGCCAGCCUGCCCUGCAGAAGCUGCUGGAGUGCAGUGGGAAUGCUCUGCAUCAGCGGGCUGCUCUCCACAAACUGCUCACACAGCCUCCGUGUUUUAGCAGCUCUGUAGGAGGAAGCUAUCUGGAGCUGGCCAACACGCUCCAUUUGGCAGCCCUGGCAUCACUAAAGGGAGACAUAGUGGAGCUUAAUAAGCGUCUGCAGCAGACAGAGCGGGAACGGGACCUUCUGGAGAAGAAAUUGGCCAAGGCACAGUGUGAGCAGUCCCACCUCAUGAGAGAGCAUGAGGAUGUCCAGGAGCGAACGACGCUUCGGUACGAGGAGCGCAUCACAGAGCUCCACAGCAUCAUCGCAGAGCUCAAUAAGAAGAUAGACCGUUUGCAAGGCACCACUAUCAGAGAGGAAGAUGAGUACUCAGAACUGCGGUCAGAGCUCAGUCAGAGCCAACACGAGGUCAAUGAGGACUCUCGAAGCAUGGACCAAGACCAGACCUCUGUCUCCAUCCCCGAAAACCAGUCUACCAUGGUCACUGCUGACAUGGAUAACUGCAGCGACCUGAACUCAGAACUGCAGAGGGUCUUGACGGGGCUGGAGAGUGUCGUCUGCGGCAGGAAGAAGAGCAGCUGCAGCCUCUCCGUGGCCGAGGUGGACAGGCACAUCGAGCAGCUGACCACGGCCAGCGAACACUGUGACUUGGCUAUUAAGACAGUCGAGGAGAUUGAGGGGGUGCUCGGCCGAGAUCUGUACCCCAACCUGGCUGAAGAGCGUUCUCGGUGGGAGAAGGAGCUAGCUGGGCUGAGGGAAGAGAAUGAGAGCCUGACUGCCAUGCUGUGCAGCAAAGAGGAGGAGCUGAACAGGACCAAGGCCACCAUGAAUGCCAUCCGGGAGGAGCGGGACCGGCUCCGGAGGAGGUCACUGAGCCAUAACCACAGAGAAGCAGAAUUUGAGCAUUGGAAUUCUGAAUGGGUUCGAGAGCUCCAAACUCGACUACAGAGUGUGCAGGCCACAGGUCCCUCCAGCCCUGGCCGCCUGACUUCAGCUAACCGCCCAAUUAACCCCAGCACUGGAGAGCUGAGCACAAGCAGCAGCAGCAAUGACAUUCCCAUCGCCAAGAUUGCUGAGAGGGUGAAGCUAUCAAAGACAAGGUCCGAAUCCUCAUCGUCUGACCGGCCAGUCCUGGGCUCAGAAAUCAGUAGCAUAGGGGUAUCCAGCAGCGUGGCAGAACACCUGGCCCACUCCCUUCAGGAUUGCUCCAACAUCCAAGAGAUCUUCCAAACACUCUACUCACAUGGAUCUGCCAUCUCAGAAAGCAAAAUUAGAGAGUUUGAGGUGGAAACAGAGCGGCUGAAUAGCCGCAUCGAACACCUCAAAUCCCAAAAUGACCUCCUAACCAUAACCCUGGAGGAAUGCAAAAGCAAUGCUGAGCGGAUGAGCAUGCUGGUGGGAAAAUAUGAAUCCAACGCCACAGCGCUGAGGCUGGCCUUACAGUACAGCGAGCAGUGCAUAGAAGCCUACGAACUCCUCCUGGCGCUGGCCGAUAGUGAGCAGAGCCUCAUCCUGGGGCAGUUCCGAGCAGCUGGUGUAGGGUCCUCUGCUGGGGACCAAUCAGGGGAUGAAAACAUCACUCAGAUGCUCAAGCGGGCUCAUGACUGCCGGAAGACGGCGGAGAACGCUGCCAAAGCUCUGCUCAUGAAGCUGGACGGCAGCUGCGGGGGUGCCUUUGCUGUGGCCGGCUGCAGUGUGCAGCCCUGGGAGAGCCUGUCCUCCAACAGCCACACCAGCACAACCAGCUCCACAGCCAGUAGCUGCGAUACCGAGUUCACUAAGGAAGAUGAACAGAGGCUGAAGGAUUACAUCCAGCAGCUCAAGAAUGACAGGGCUGCUGUCAAGCUGACCAUGCUGGAGCUGGAGAGCAUCCACAUUGACCCCCUCAGUUACGACGUCAAGCCUCGGGGAGACAGCCAGAGGCUGGACCUAGAGAACGCCGUGCUGAUGCAGGAGCUGAUGGCCAUGAAGGAGGAGAUGGCUGAGCUGAAGGCCCAGCUCUACCUGCUGGAGAAAGAGAAGAAGGCUCUGGAGCUGAAGCUGAGCACCCGGGAGGCCCAGGAGCAGGCCUACCUGGUGCACAUUGAGCACCUGAAGUCCGAGGUGGAGGAGCAGAAGGAGCAGCGUAUGCGGUCCCUCAGCUCCACAAGCAGCGGCGGCAAGGACAAGUCUGGCAAGGAGUGUGCUGAUGCUACCUCCCCAGCUCUGUCCCUGGCUGAGCUCAGGACGGCAUGCAAUGAGAGUGAGCUGGCUGCGGAGUUCACCAAUGCUAUCCGCCGAGAAAAGAAGUUGAAGGCCAGAGUACAAGAGCUGGUGAGCGCCUUGGAAAGACUCACCAAGAGCAGUGAGAUUAGACACCAGCAAUCAGCAGAGUUCGUUAAUGACCUAAAACGGGCCAACAGCAACCUAGUGGCUGCCUAUGAGAAAGCAAAGAAGAAGCAUCAAAACAAACUGAAGAAGUUGGAGUCCCAGAUGAUGGCCAUGGUGGAAAGACAUGAGACUCAAGUGAGGAUGCUCAAGCAAAGAAUAGCUCUGCUGGAGGAGGAGAACUCGAGGCCACACACCAACGAAACUUCACUCUAACAGGCUUUCAGGCACCAAAGGUCUGGCUGUAGAAGUAAAACUAUAGCAGGCCACCAAGGGGAGAAAGGCCCUUGAGGGCAGAGUACCUGUUGGGAGAAUCGGAAAAGGGAAGGUUGGCAGGUAGGUCAGCACUUGGACAAUGGAGUGCGAUAGACUCAGCCCCUUGGGACGAGUGGCACUGUGUGGACUAUAUCUAGAGAGGAUGGUGUUCCUCCCCUCCCAGGCCCACAGAUGGUAUGUAAAUACAUGUUCUGUGUGCCAUGAUCAGCAGCAGUACCUUGCUUUUGCUUUCAGCAUUCACGUUCUCAUUCUCCUUGUAUGUUCAAGAGAUUGUGCGUCAGUGGGAUCCCAGCCAUUUGUUUUAUAGGAUUUUCCAUUUUUUUCUUCUGUUUUUGGUAGACAGUGGGUUUAUCUUCUGGCAUCCCCAAAUUCUCCUCUUUGUUCCUUCAGGGCAAACCUCUGACACACAGGAUGUGUGAUUCCAGCAUCUAGCAGAAGUGCUCAUUUGCAAGGCUUUGGUUUCCAAGUCCCAUGUAUCAACUACAAGAUACAGGCUGUCACUCAGAAGGCUGUUCUGGAGUUUCAGAUCACAGAAGAUAGUCCAUGGUGUCUUUAUAUCCCUAGAUAUGUUGAAGUUACAAGUAGCGCACCCCCAUGGCUAUCCCUUAACAGUUUUGUACUGAGAAAAUAAAAUCUUCCCUCAUCUUUCAUAUUGGAGGCAGGAGCUGCAAAGGGAACUCUUGAGUCUGGGAUUUUUCCUUCCCAGUGGAGCCAAGAAUUACAAUUCCGUUGACAGGUACAAUGGAACUAAAAUUUUAUUAGGAGUUUCCUCAAAAGCAGAGAACCAUUUCUUAGCACUUUUCCCCCCAGCCCAGGGCACUACAAAAUUGAUGUUUUCUAUGAAUCAAAACUUAACUACAUGAAUAUAUACAUAGCUCUGGACUUGUCUCUGAGAAAGAAGCUGUGCCUUGUCAGACAUGGAGUAGGUAACUGGAUGUUUGGCGAGGCCAGUCCUGCCCCAAUUCAAGACUUGCUCCUUCCAGUAUGAAGGAGGAGGGAAUGGUGGUAGAGGCAGUGAUUGUUAGUUGUCAUCCAGCCCAAUUCAUUACAUCCCUAAUGCAUAGCAGAACAAAAACAGUACCCAAUCCUGGGCCAUCUUCAGUCAUUGGUAUGUUUGAGCCCACCUUUGUAGCCACCAUAUCAAUCUAUCUCACGGAGGAUUACACUCCUUUUCGAUGACCCUGUACUUUACUAGACAUGAUGUCCUUUUCUAGACUGGCUGUUAAGGUCCCCUUUUUUAUCUCCUAGAGAUGAGUCGGAAAUGACUCGACAGCAGUGGGUUUUUAUAGAGACAUGGUGAUGGUUAACAUUAUGGUUAAAUCUCAGGCAAAAUGCCAACAAGGACAGGCAGGACCAAAGUACCUGAAUUGCUUUCAGGAGGGUCCUCUGUCUUAAAAUAUAUUCAUCAUUCCUUUUCUACUUGUAGCCUUCUCUAUCUCACCCUCUGCCUUCUUUCAAUUUUGUAGCUGCCCUACACUGAUAUGUUUUAAAGGACUGCUUGCAAUUUAUUCUGUAGCACCUGAGGACCACCCAAAGUCCCCUAUAAGAAAAAUCCAAAUUCCACAGUGAGCUAUAAAUUGUUUUGCUUAUGACCAAGUUCCUGCAUUAAAGUCCCCAUGUCCAUGAGCUAAAGGUCUCUAUUCUCAGAGAACGUGUAUGACACAAACUCCUCAGCCUUCUGCACAAUGGGGAAGGGUACUCCAGUCACCACCUAGGAGAAGAGGAGGCAUUCUAUCCCAAAAGCAACCACCUGUCUCCAAAAAAAUCAACUAGUACCCAUCUGGAAGGAUCAGCUUUAGGGUGCUCUGAUCACUGGGAAAAUGCCCACUGUCUUCUCUUUGAAUCUAUCAGUUACUCAAAGUUGGUGGUUGUAAGCAAGUUUUUUUUUAACCAAUUUUUACUCUUUGGAUAAAUUUGCAUUUUAUCAUGAGGAAAAUGUUUUGGCUAAAGAAAGUAUGCACAAAUUUUUUUUUCAUAGAUAACAGUUUUCACCAAUUUUCCAGCUUACCUAGAGCCUGCCGUUGAACAAACUGGGAUGUGCACAGUGGUUCGUUCACAGCUUUCUCGUGACUAAACAAGCAUCAGAAGGGACAGUUUAUCGUUUUCACCAACACUGCAUAAAAAACGUGGCUGAAGCAGAGAUAAAAUUCUGCCUGCUGACCUUUGCCUACCAUUUUUGCUCCAAAUUAAAACAAAGGACCCACACUUAAUAGGGUCAUAUAACUCCUCCAGACAGCAAAGGCUCCUCCAUCCUGGGCCCCAGUAUUACUGAUCCUACCUGGCCUUAUUUUGAGUUUAUACUUCAACCUAAUGCUUUUAAAUAUGUGGUGACUGGGUGAGAACCAUUUCCCGGGCAAAACUGUUACAUUUAUAAAUGUAUAGAAUAAAAGAUCUAUGAAAUGGUUUAUAUUCCUUCCUUGUAUUUUUCAAAUACUUCCUAAGACACAAUCCCUUUUGAAGGUGAACCAACAGGCACUUGGUUAUGCUAACUGUGGGGUCUACUGAAAGUGCGCUGAUUAAAUGACUGCAGGUGACUGGGGAAUGUAAUUCUUUUUUUGUAAGCUGACUCUAUAUGAAUUUUUUCUCUAAACAGAAGCUGGUUUACAUUAACAUUCCCCUCAGGGGCAAAUAGUGGUCUUGAUUCUAACUUAUAUGAGGUUAAAAACCUCAGACUUUGAAAUUUUUGUCUUCUUUCCAAUUCCUCAGUGGUUACCCCUUUUAGGCAAUUACCUUCUCUUUUAGCCUUUGGCUCUUGGUGAAAUGGGCAAGAGGAAAAGGACCCAUUUCACAGUUCCCUUGGAGUGUAUUUUGCACUGCUGAAUUGAGGCAAACUAAAUGGCCUGAGUUAAAAGUCACAGGCUAAGGAGGCUACCUUACCAAUGGAGGUAAUUAACUUUUAACAUUCACGCUCAUCUGCUGGUAUGUUGGGUUUCUGAAGGUUAAUAUCUACGCUGCCUAAAACUGGAAUGUUAAUAAAAAACUAAGUGCCGGUUAAAUAUAAUUGCUUAAUCCUUCUUUCAGAUGCAUGUACUUCUUCCUAAGUUGUCCUCUGAGCCGGCAGCCAUACUUUACAGGGAUCUCAGAAAUUUCUCUAAUUAGAGUCUUGACAUGUAGUCCAACUUAAAGACUAUGGGCUUUUACUUAAAAACUGUUAGGAUAGGAGUAGUAAGGAUUUUACUACUCUGAGGAAAACUUUAAAAGUCUCCUAGUUGCAUACAGAUUACCUAUCAGGGCUGGACUGCUGAUGCUACUGGCAUGAAUUCAGAACAUUUCCUAUAGCCCAAAAAUUAUCCUGCAAUUAUUUUUUAAUCUUAUUAAUUCACCCUCAAGAGAGUUUGGGGUUAAUGCUGACAUGCUCAUGUUUUAAAUGAAAUGACAUCAAGACUACAGAAAACAUCAAAACUGUCAUUAAUGACUUCUAAAAGUGUCCCUCCAUAAGUUUCAACCAUUGGCAAAUGUGUAAUAGGGACUAUGACCCAUCCAGUCUACAUACAGACUUAUUUAAAAUGAAAAAACCAUGUUUAAUAAGUGUACAGCUGUACCUGCUUCAAGAGGUAGCAAACAGAUCUGUAGUUAGAAAGAGCCUCAACAGGAGAAAAAUUUCUCUGGCUGCAAUUUCUCCAUUUGAACUUUAAUUAGGGAGCAGCCAGAGGGUUGCCAAGGAUGUGUCUGUUUUUGGUUGGGGAAGGAGGAAUAUAAGUAACAUUUACAUUUUUUUUUUUUUCCUCUGCACUAGGUAGAAGUGUUGUAGAAUAAAAAAAAUAAUCACAGGAACUGUUUUUCUGUUUAAACAGUGGAACCGUAUAUUUGACAAGGAAUGAUAUAAUCACCACCUUUUAAUGAGGCUUGCUAAUUCUGUGUCCAGAAGCUGGGUACUACUUUGUACAAGAGGUAUAGCUUAUUACACAACAAAAAUUAUGCCUUUGCUGCACAAAAACAGUCCUUAUUGAAGUUUAUCCAAAGCCUACUCUAGUCAAUGAAAACUUUGUUUCUAUGGGCCAGUCUGAACCUGUGACUUAGUUAUCUCCUGCCUUCGGGUGCCAAGCACUGACUUUAGAACUGAAAUCAGAAUUAUCAGUGUGAUGCUGGCUGUUGGCAACACAGCACCACUGGGCACACAGCAGCUGUUACAAUACAAACAAAGGUCCAAGCUGAAUAGCAACUGUUAUGUUACAUGCAUUCUUGUACUAAAAAUACAGUACCAGAGGAAGACAGUUCACAUGCAGACCAUUAGAUUUUUGGUUAAGAUUUCAAGUGGGUAAAUUAUCACAUCGCAUCUGAGCGAGAAAAACCAUUCUAUCCCCCUAACAAAACUACUGUUAGAUAAUCACAUCCUUGACCAGCAAUCCUUGCACGUCAUUCGCCCAGGAGUCGUCUAUCAAUCAGCUCAGCGCACAGAGCAGGCCACACUAAAGUUCUCCCACACCUGCUUCGGUGUAGUCAUUCUCGCCCUGCCAUCCACUUACAGCGCUCACAGCAGGACUGCCGGUGAAUGAGAGCCUCUAAUACUCUGCUUUUAUUUGAACCUAAUGCAAAGAUAAUGAAACGUGUUAACUUUUUUUCUCCUUCUAAUCAGUUUUUAGAUACUUUGUCAAGAUUUUUUGUCAAGAUUUAUUUACUUUGCAUGAGAUUUAGGUUUCCUAUUAUUUGAAAACAUGCUACUUUUAUGCCACUUGAAGUAGAAAAACCUGCUUGAAUGUACUGUCACUUAUUAAAGCACAUGUGACUAAGUUUGCAUUUGUCAGUAUUGUUCUACUGUUUGUACUGAACGCUUCAUUUUAAGCUGUCACUUACCACUGUACUUCUACCUUGUAAUUUUUUAGAUUCUUCACUUCUAUGGCUUUAAGUGUUUCCAGAUGCCUUUAGUUUUAGCUCCUGUAAAAUAGCUACUUUGUGUUAUUUGAUAUAGAAUUGUUUAAAAAAAUUCCAUUUAUUUAUACAGAGACAUUUAUAAUAUUUUACAAACGUUCUUAUAUUCUGAAUAAAUAUUUCUAAUGCCAUGAUGUACUACUUUUAACAGUGUUAAGGGUAAAGCUGUUUUCUGUAAGACUGUCUAACAUGGAAAUAUCAAACCUGUGAUGCUUCACAUUAAAGCAGGAGAGUCCUAAGCAGUGCUAACGGUUAACACGUUCAGCUGCUACCUAAAAUGCUGGCAGCUGCAGUCCACACAAGGUACCUCGGAACAAAGGCCUGGAGAUCUAAUUCCAAAAAAAUCAGCCAUUGAAAAUCCUAUGGAGUACAGUUCUACUCUGACACACACAGGGUCACCAUGAGUUGGAAUCACCUCCACAGCAACUGGGGAAAGAAAAAAAAAAGCCAAAAGCAAGAGCCUAGAAGUAAGAUUAGUAAGUCAAAACGCCCAACAGCCAAGGAAACCCUAUUUAUUGCCCAUCUUUACUUGGUUUUGUUCUCACAAUGUGCCAUAAAUGGGAAGUUAGCUAUUGGAGGAUUUUUUCCUUUUUAAGAGUUGCUCAGACAGGGAAUAAAAUCAAGAAUUAAAAGUACAAGAAAGGACAGCAAGCAGCUUUGCACCACGUCUGUUAGAGGAAGACUAUCACUGCUGAAGCAGAGUACCUUUGGCCAUAUAUAGAUUAGGUCUUUAAUGGAAAAUAAUUAUUUCUUCUUCAAGCAUCCGAUUUGGAAAACCUGGUUACAGCAGAAAUUUAAGUACCAGAUUUUACAUAUCUAACUCACAUCUUUUUUUAACUCACAUCAAGUCCUCCACUAUAAUCUUGCUUUAAAGCAACAACCCAACCAUAUUUUUGUUUUUUUCAGACUCUCUACCUUUUAUUAUAUAAACAUACUUUAUCUCACACUUGUUUAUUAACAACAGCACAAGCCAGGUUAAGGUAGUAACUAAAAGUGAUCAAAGCAGCAAAUUUUAUUAAUAUUGCACUACAAGUAGUCUAAAUUUAACAUGUUUUUACAGAAAGCCAGAAUUUGAACAGUCAAUUGUAAAAUUGUUUCAAAAUUCAAGAGAAAACUUCCAUAACUCAAAUUCGAUUUUAUAAUAAGACAAAAGAUUUUUAAUUUCUAAACUGAUAUUUACAUCAAAAAGUUGUAACAUUUAAUACCUGUUAAGACAGAGGAUUUUAUUUUCUCAAUGAAGAGUAUGGCUGGCACUUCUAGUCUUCUUUGGAAGUACAGUAAUCCAGCAAACAUUUAAAUCUAAUUUAUAAACAUGAGUCACUAGAAACCCCAUAUAAGUGAAAAAUCAUUCUUUAUCGUUUCAUUAACACUGAGGGAAAGAGACAAUGCUAUGGUUCAGCCAGAAUGUAAUAAAAAGAACGCAGAGUCCACUCUAAAGAUAUCAAUUCUUAUAACUACAAAGUGAAUCCAACAGGUAUUUUUUGGUUCCUCAUCUGCUCUCCCUAAAUGUUUGACAAUAAACCAAAAACUCCAAGAACUUCAUUACUACCAUGGACAGAAGCACUUCAAUGGUUUAUUUAUAGUCUUUCUCCAGGCAUUAAAAUGCCCUAGAAAGUGAAGUAAUAAAACACUGUUAGGUUUUUUUUUUUUUAUCAUUUAGGCAAAGAUUAAAUGUUAAAAUCACUUCACAUAAAACAAAAAUUAUUACUGAGAUUUGUAAAGUCCAGUUCUCUCAUAUGAGUAUCAUAUAUUUAGUGAGACUAUUUCAUUUUUUUCUACCAGCUUUUGUAGGUCCCAAAUAAGUUGCUUAGCAUGACUCAAGUGUCUUUAGAGUCUAGACUAAAACCUACUCCCAAGAACACUAAGUAUCUUUCAUAAGCAUCACCUAUUCGCCACAGCAUGUGUAAAAGCAAAUCUUGUUUUGGAAAUAGGGUAUAAUAAAAAACCUGUCUUUCUCCCUUCCAAACUAAACUUUAUGCCCUCAUUCUGAUUAGACUAAAGACAAUCUUACAUAAGAGGGUUUCACUUAAAUUGGCUAAUUAAUACAUGAUUUAUAACUCCAUUUGAUUAAUCAUUCUAUUCUGAAAUAAAAUUGUUUUAACUUUUCAUUAAAGCCGAGGGGUAAAAUUAAAAGUCUGAAUUGUACACAGGUCUAGGAUGAGUUAAAACUUACCAAGGAUUAUUUCCAUAAAGUACUAUUAUAGGGUUAACACCUUAUAGAAUUAAGAAAACUUCAAAAACUUACAAGUAAAAAUAUAUAUAUUAUAAGCAAAACAGCUCACAGUUUUUUCUUUAUUACUGAAGAAAAACAGCUCGCAAUAUUUAUAAAAUGGAAGUCAUUUUAGCUAUCUAAUCUGAAAUAUGAGCAAAAGAGUAAAAUUAAAGACUCAGUUCUUUGGACACUUGCAUUUGAAAUUAAAUGAUUGCUUGUGUAAGAUCCAAACACAAAUCUAAAAUGAACAGUACAGACAGCAGUGCCCGGGACAGUAGCAAAAUGCACAAACUCUUGCAGAUACAUCUUCUGUGCUUUUCUGUCAGUGCAUAUCAUACACAUAGUAUGUGAUGAGACCAUGAAGAGUGCAAGGCCACUCCUACUCAUAUGUUCCAAGAGUUUCAACACAUUUAACCAACCAAAAUACUGAGCAAUAGUUAUUGCCUUUCUAAAUUCAUUCACAGUUGAUAACCUUUAUUUUGCUGCCAGUCUAUUCCUAGUAUCAGGAAAGGAAAAGCCAAGAUGUCAUGUUACAAAAAACUAGCUAAUUUCGUAAAACUUGAGAAAUUAAUAGCAACGUAGAGUUGUGCCCAAAAUGGUUCACACCAUAAUUUGCAUUCUAUCUCAAAAAGUUCACUAUUCUCUUAAAGGCUGAGGACCACCAGAACAAUGCCCGUUUCCCCUAGAGCCACACAGGAAUCUCCUCUCUGUUCCCGAACAGCUAGUACACUGGAAGACUCAGAGCACAGGUGUCCAUACUCCUAACCUGCUUGUGGCCCAAAUGAGAUCAUCUUUGCAAGAGAAGAAUAUGAUCACUGAUUACAAAUUCCUACAGAUUUAUCAUAGGGUUGUAGCACAAAUAAAAACACAAUGGGGAAAAAAGAGACUCGAUGCUCUCUUCCUCACCAGACACACCAAGAAAGCUGCUUAAGAAACAACAGGUAUUUAAAUGGCAUGCAACAGACAGUGGCCAAUAACCAAAUAAAAAGGCCAGCCACCUCCAAGAACCCUUCCACCAAAAAGGAAACAUACAUUCAGACCCUGACUCUUGCACUGGGCUAAAGGACUGAAGUCUGUUAAGAUGGUUCAUGUAGGACAGAGUUACAAACACAGGCAACUGAUUUCUGGAUUCAGUCUCUCCCAGAGCACUCUUGACCAACACAACCCAGCUAAUGCAAGCAUCUUGUCAAGGUUAAUCCCUCUCAGAUGAUCAUGCUUUCAAGCUGCUGUCAUAGCUAGACCAUCCCCUCUGUUAAUCACAGGAGACUCACGAUAGAUGGAAUUUCCUGACUGGAGAUUUCAUUACUCUGGGGACCCAGAUUAAAGAUUCAAUUAUGAACAUUUCUCAAGAAGAUUUUCAAUACUCUCUCUCUCUCUAUAUAUACAUAUAUAUUUUUUUUUCUUUACACUUCUUUGUACUAUGUUAAAGUUCAAGCAACUCAGCUGAAGAAGACCAUUCCUUCAAGUCCACUCCUAUCCUAUACAGGACAAAUGUCUAACCACCACUGUGAAAAUGACUAUGACACACACCUGACUGGUAGGGUGGACAUACCUAGAUUGUCUUUCUAUAGGAAAGCAGAGCACUUCAGUGUGGCUGGAGUUGUAAAUUAUCAGCACACAAAGGACCAGACUCCUAAACACUGGUCUUUUAAAAAGUGAGAAAAAAUUAGAAAAAGUUAACUUUAUCCAGAGCUGGGGAAAGCCUGGUAAUGGCCACAUACAUUAGGCUAUGUUUGGGCUACUCAAUGGUCACAUUUCUAGACAAGUAUGUCUAGCCUUCUAAAAUACCUUCCUUAUACUCUUUAACCAAACAACUACAGCUGUCUUCUACCUUCUGGGCAAUUUUGUUCUAUAACAAUAGCCUAUUAUACUUUAAUUGCAAUCCAAAACUUGCUUUGAAAGCAUGGGACCAAGCUUGUAUUGCUCAUUUGCAAUCUGCCAUAUCUAUGACAUGGGGUGUGCAAACUGCAACAGCAACUCAAUUCUAAGAAGAGAAAGAUGCUGAAAAAGCUCAUCAUAAUCUAAUUUUUAGAUUUUUGGCAAUUAUACAAAUGCCCUUUACGAUAUAAAAUGAGGAACUCUAGCUAGGCCUCUCCAAGCCAUCAGGAAUAAAGUUUAACAAAAUUGUUUUCCUAAUACCUGUUUAUCUAGGGACAGGUACUUAAAGGUAAAGGAUACCUUCAGAAAAAGUAACAUUGUCUUUUGGGUAUUACUAAAGUUACAACAAUACAUAUAAACCCCUUAUUCCAAACUAGAAAAUAAUCCAAGUCAAAAUUACUAGGUAACAUUUAUUUUUCUUCAAAGAAAUGUUGAUGCAUCUAACUUUAUUAUAACUAUGAUUAAUACACAAAGAAAAUACUGCCUCAGAUAAAUACUGAAACAACAGAUUUCAACAGGUAAGUACAGCAUUCUUUAUCAAAACAAAAUCUCUGAGCAGGUGGGGAAAAGUCCACUGGUACAAAAAUAAAGAAAAAUCAAAAGAGGUUAUCACAAUAAGAAAAGUUGGCACAAAGUCUACCUUUUAUAACUGACUUUGCUGCUUACUGUUUAAUUGUUGGAGAGCAAAAAAAAAUAGUAAGUAAGGGAACAGGGAUGAAAUGUUUUUUAUGCACACACGCACUCACACCUGACCUUUUCUAGAGACCACAAUAUGCUGAAUUUUACAGAAGAAUUUAAUUCUUACGGUGGAGGGAUGUUAUUCACUUAGAGUUUCUGUUUUACAUUCCACACAAAAUUACUAAAGCCUUAAAAGUACCCACCCAAUCUUAUAGCAUAAAAUUAAUUUUGCUAUAAAUCUGUACUUACUGAUUAUAGAUAUUAAUAGAAAAAUAAGGAUCUCCAAAGCUCAAAGCAGCAAGCAAGCAGUCACCACAAUUCCUUUGACAACACAGGAAACUUGCCUUUAUAUAUUAACUAAGACAUCCAACUUAAUUUUCAAACACCUUACUCAGAUCUCAUCCAUGCUAAAAGAGUUCUAUUAGGUUCUUAACCCGUUGCCGUUGAGUCAAUUCUGACUCAUAGCGACCCUACAGGACCGAGCAGAACUGUCCCAUAGGGUUUCCAAGGAGCGCCUGGUGGAUUCAACUGCCGACCUUUUGGUUAGGAGCCGUAGCUCUUAACCAUUAUGCCACCAGGGUUCUUGGACCUCUCCAAAUGUUCAUUUCUCAGGAGACUAUCACUGUUUGAAAUCCUAAAACCAUUCAUUUGCUAUUUCUUAAUAAACACUUAUGAAAAGCAUGUAAACUAUACCCCUUAUUUUGGAUUACGAUGGUUAAGUACAAAAACAAUUCAUCUAACAUAAAUCAUAAAAGUUAUACAUAAAAGCACCUACAAAACUUUUAAAAAUGAAAGAUUCACAGUGCACUGCACCUUAGAACAUGUAAGGUUGGGAAAAAAACAUUUAAAAAGUGAAUUCAAAGACCAAUUUCUCUCUCAAAGACAAAACAUAAUGAAGCCACGGGGAUCACAAGAGAGGAUCCCAGACAGAGCAGGAGAAAAAUGGAGAACAAAAAAUCAAAUUCACCAAAAAAGAUCGGACUUAUUAGUCCAAUAGGGACUGGAGGGACCCCCGAGACUAUGGCCAAGGCUCUUAUCUGGAACUGAAGCCAUUCCCAGAAACCACCGUUCAGCCAAACAAUAGACAGGUCUAUAAAAUAAACAGUAACACCCAAAAGGAACCUGUUCCUUAGAACAAUCAAUUUAUACGGUAUCAAACAGACAUUUGCCCAAAAGCAAAGAAGAGAAGGCAGGAAGGAGUAGAAAAUCCCCACGAAAGAGAACAGGGAACCCAGGGUGGAAAUGGGGAGAGUGCUGACAUACUGUGGGAAAUGCAACCAAUGUCGUGGAACACUUUAUGUACAAAGUAUCAAAUGGGAAACUAAUUUGCUUUGUAAACUUUCAUCUAAAGCACAAUAAAAAAUUAAAAAAAAAAAAA